UGUACUCCUCCAGUGUAAGCCCUAUUCCAGUCGAAGGAGGACUCUUUUCCGGAAUCUUGGAUCAGCUGGGGAAUCAUUUUUUAAUAUGCGCACUCUUCUGAAUCUGGAUUAAUUGGUUAUAGAGCAAAGGAAUUGUUGGAUUACCUUCACAACACUGGAAUAUAUAAAAUGAUUUAGAGGGAAAUAAAAAACACUGGGGGCAGCAAUACGCAAUAGCUGCGUCAAGGCUGACUAAACCAAAGAAAAAGAAGAAGAAGAUUAUUUGUCGAACAGAUUUGGCUUUCCCCAUCCGGCGGAAGUUACGCGCCAGUGUGUAUAAACAUGCACAUGUGGUACCGCACGCUACCACGUUGAAGUCGUUGCCCAGGUAAACCUUUGAAUAUUAAUAUUCCUACUGAGUUGAAAACGUGGAUGAGAGCAGUAUGGAUGCAAACGGACAGUAUCCUCCGCCGGACUUUGGCUGUCCUCCUCCAAAUACGUUCAUGAUGCCCCCCACUUCUCAACGUCCACCCGGCUCCAGCAACUUCCAUCCUAGCAUGUGGAACUGGAGCGAGACGCCCUCCGACCCGUGGGCCUACAACACCGGCUGGCAAGGCGGCCCGCCGCCCGGUACUGGGAACUACGAUGGACGCUAUGACGGUCCAGGACACCAUCAACAUGGGCAACAUUUUAAUCGCGGAUGGAGUCGAGGCAGGGGCUACAACAAUGGGCCGCCAAACAACUAUGGAAAAAAGCAGAAAUUUAAGAAGGAACCAGAGUACCUCUAUUUUUGUGACCCUUGUGACCAGGGCUUCAAAACUGAAGAAAAACACAGCGAACAUAUGUCCCAGCACAUCAAGUGCUCUUUUGCUGACUGCAGCUUCACUGCUCAUGAAAAAUUGGUCGCCAUCCACUGGAGAAAUAGCCACGCUCCUGGUGCGAAGAGAAUCAAGCUGGAGACGCAGGAGGAGAUCACAAAGUGGAGGGAGGAGAGACGAAGGAACUACCCGACGGUCGAUAAUGUCGAGAAAAAGAGGAAAGUACAGGACGUCCGCGAGGAGGGCGGAGGGGUGCUUGAGACGGCCCAGUUCGGGCGAAUGAGAGGCAGAGGCAGAGGGCGGGGGAGGGGGCGUGGCAACAACAGGUUCCAGAGGGGUGCCCAAGGAGGCUAUCAGAACCAGGGGAAUGGCGCCCCGGGGGGGCCCCCCGCCCCUCCUCCAGCAGCCAGCGACAGGGACCCCCUAGGUGCCCUCGUCAGCGACGAGCCAGACUCUGAUAAAGAGGAUUCCUCGGGGACCUCCAAGCAGGGUUUAGUGGUGGCCCCUAAACAGAUGAGCUCAGGACUGGGGUCCCUGGUGGCCAGCUAUGGCUCGAUGACGGAGAGCGACAGUGACGAGGAACCCCAGGCCCUCCCCAUUCAGAGGGCUAACCAGCGAGGGACCCAAGCCCCGCCCCAAUCCCUUUCACGGGGGCCCCAGGAUGCAGAGACGCCCCUGGGUUCACACCCCGGAGCCUCCCCCCAGGACCAAUACAGAGGCAGGGGAGGACGAGGACGGGGGCGGGGCCGAGGGGGAAGGGGCAGGCGAGGGGGAGGUCACAUGACUCCCCAGAAACGGGCGACGCUACUGGAGAUGUUGCUGGCGCCCGACAUUCGUCACGAGAGGAAUGUGCUGCUGCAGUGCGUGCGCUACGUCGUGCAGAGCACCUUCUUCGGCCUAGAGGGCCAACCCAAGGACCGGCAGGCCUCCCCUGCGGCCAGCCGCCGGGGCCUCCCUCAAUCAGCCUGCGCGGCUGACGAAGAUGAGCGCCAGACCGGAAGCGCAGAGAAGACUGCAAAAUCGACGCAGGAAGUCUCCGCAGAAGAGCCUCUAGCAUACUUUCAGGGAACUUCCGAAACGGAGGCAGACGGUGACGAGUCCGGCGCCAAGGAGACCGGGGCGAGCGAGCAGACUGCAAUGAACCCAGCGGAAUCGGAAAAAACGCAAAACAGCGAGCAAGCGGAGUCUGUUCCAAUGGUCGAGGAAACGCAGGGCGACAAAGAUCCCGACAUCGCCACGACGACCACAGAGGAAGUCGCACCCACCCGUCUAGUUGAUGAAGAAAUAUGGGAGUACUAGAUCUCACAGGCAUCAGAAUAACAAAAUGUGAUCACUUAUAUAUAUGUCAUAUCGAAUCGAUUUGGUUAUGUUAAACACUUGUGAAACUCUUAUCCUUGUUCGUAUCCUUUUGUUUUUCUUCAAAUCAAAUUAUUUUUCUAAGAUGCCAUGCAGUGUACAAUUUGAUAUUGUGAAAUUAAAUCAAAUUCUUGGUAUAAGUACUUUGUUUUGAC